AUGUGGUUGAGUGUCAAGCCCUCAGUUUUGAUUGUCGGGUACCACAGGCAGCUGGAUGCCCCUAUUACUCCCUCCGUCCCGCUUCAAAUGACCUUAAAUUUUUCGGUUGCGCCGGCGGCGGCUGAGCCACCUGCUGCAAAUCAUGACCUCAGCUCCUCCAAUUUUACUUCCGCCGACUCCGAUCUGAGCUCAUACGAAGCGGCGUGCCGCUCCGACCCCGACCUCCAAAACUUCGACUCGAAGCUCCAGAUCCGCACAAGCCGCGCCAUCAACUCCAUCUCCGUGGUCCUCGACGUCCGCUCCCUCCCCCUCGACUCCCUCCGCGAAGUCACCGAAUACCUCCUCGAGAUGAACCAGGAGGUCGUCACAAUCAUCCUCCAAAACAAGCGCGACAUUUGGAAAGACGACGAAUUCUCCGAUCUCGUCGUCUUCGAGAAUUGCCUCCUCACCUUGGAUUUCUGCACCACCCUCGAUUCGUGCCUCAAACGCGCCGCGCGCAUCGAAUCCAUCGUCAAAGUCGCCCUCCGCAAAUUCGACGACGACCGAGCAAAUGCGGGGAGGAAUUACUCGAGAACUCUGGCAGAAUUGAGGAAUUUCAGCGCCGCGGAGGAGCCGUUCACGCAGGAGUUCUUCAAGGUCUUCGCUCGCGUCAACGCGAAGUAG